GAGCUCCUUGCAGGUCUCCCAUGUAACAGGAGCCCAACCACCUGGGCCACCCUUCACCAUGAGCAGGGAGCUGUGUCGGAGCUGGAAUGGGAUGCUGGUGUCACAGGAGGCGGGGUUACCCACUGUGUGCCAAAGCUGUCCCCCACUUACUGUUUUUAACUAGGCAAAUAAAUGCAGUGCUUGAAGAUGCCACCUGUAAGCUCGUGACUCAGAGAAAUGUUCCGUUAACAUGUGGUUUAUGUUCUGCCGAUCUGGACAAGAAUCUGCCGUGAUGGGGUGCGGACUGAACAAGCUGGAGAAGCGCGACGAGAAGCGGCCUGGGAAUAUCUACUCCACCCUGAAGAGGCCGCAGGUGGAAACCAAGAUUGACGUGUCCUACGAGUACCGCUUCCUGGAGUUCACCACGCUCAGCGCUGCAGUGCUGCCGCGGUCCUCGGCCGUGAGGCUGGCCUCCCUGCGUGACCUGCCCGCCCAGCUCCUGGGGCUGUACCAGCAGGGCUUUUCGCUGGCUGCUCUGCACCCCUUCGUGCAGCCCACCCUCGGGCUGGAGAAGACGCCCCUGGAGCACAUCUUUAGGGCCAUCCUGAUCAAGAAAACCGACAGAUCUCAGAAGAGCGAUCCUCACAGUGAAGGCUACGUCUUAGAACUAGAUUGCUGUUCUUCCCUGGACCACCUGACGGACCAAAAACUCAUGCCCGAGUUCAUUAAGAAGGUCCAGGAGGCUGCAAGUCAGGGCCUGAAAUUUGUUGGUGUUAUACCCCAGUACCGUGCCCCUACAGGCUCAGUGGGCAACAGCCCUGCCACGUCCAAGGCCAACAGCACUGCACAAGCCGGAGACACAGAGAGCACGCAUGAUGUCUGCACGUCAUCACUGGAGCAUGAGAACCCAGGGGCUGUGGACCUGGGUGGAUCUCCCACAGAGAUGGACCAAAGCCUGGAGCCUGGCCAAGACUCAGCCGCACAGCUGGCCUCAGCGGAGGAAGACAGUGAGGACAGUCCCCGGCGAGGCACGAGCCAGGCCCUGUAUGGACUAGAUAGUGACCCAGCAGAGCCGCCUGCAGAGCCGUUCUCAGGGAGGAUGGAGAUCAUCGCUCUAUUCAACAAACCGCAGAGUCAUCGGCCGUGCCGGCAGUACUACCCCGUCACCAUCCCUCUGCGAGUCUCCAGGAACGGCCAGACCGUGAGCAGCUUGGAUGCCAACUGGCUGGAGCACAUGAGCAGUCACUUCCGGAAAGGAGGCGCGCUGGUCAACGCCGUGUUCUACCUGGGGGCCGUGACAGACUCCUCGCCCGGCGGCCUGACAGAUGGAGUAUUCAUCUUUGAAGCUGUUUCUUCGGAAGACAGCAAAACCAUCCAGGGCUACGACGCUAUUGUUGUCGAACAAUGGACGGUCCUGGAAGGCGUCGAGGUGCAGACAGACUACGUGCCCCUGCUGAACUCGCUGGCGGCCUACGGCUGGCAGCUCACCUGUGUGCUACCGACCCCCGUCAUCAAGACAACCAGGGAGGGCAGUGUGUCUACCAAGCAGAUCGUCUUCCUCCAGAGACCCUGUCUACCUCAGAAACUCAAGAAGAAGGAAUCAAAGUUUCAGUGGCGAUUCUCACGAGAGGAGCGGCACCUGCGGCGGUCCAAAGGGAGACUCAGAGCCAGGGACAAGCGGCAAGCAGAAGAAACGGAUAAGGCUUCGGAGGAUUGCGUUUUCAAAGCCGGAGAUGUGGGCAACUGCGUCUUGGGCCCGCAGCAGGAGAGGAGCGCCUCGGAGCGGAUGAGGAGCCCCGGCCAGCAGGCGGAGGGAGACAGGCCAGGGUCAGGGGAAGCCCUGCAGAACGGCCCUGCUGGCCACUGCAGGGCUCCGGUGGGGGGGAGCGCCGGGCACCCCGACGGGGGCGCCGAGGAGGUUCCCGCAGAGCCCAUCGUGGCAGAGGCAAACUGAGGCCGGGGUUCUUGUGCGGAGGCCGGCUGGGCUGGCGCAGGCUCAGCAGUCUUCUCUGGCGUGUUGAUAAACUUCAGCUUGACCUCUGCUGGAUGCUGUCCUUGGGCUCCCCAAGGCCACACCCCUGACAGUGUUAAGUCUCUGUGCUUCUGUUCCAAAGGUGUCUUAAUGGCCACGUGUGACAGUGCACGGGGUCAGCUUGAUUUUUUUCUUUUUCCUAGACCUUGGGGGUCAGAGGCCCAGUUCUGCUGGAGGGUCUGGGCCACCUGGUGCCUGUGUGUGUUGGCCCCCCCUCUUCCCAACACCCGACUCCAGGGCAUAUUUGGGCCAAAUCCAUGUACCUCCCUGGCUGGAAACCCAAGACUCUUUCCCAAGGCUGCGGGGGGGGGGGGGGCAGUGCCCGUGCCCGGCUGCUUUCCACAGCUGCUUGGUGACUUGUAACCAUCCCUGGAGCCCCACGGGCUGCCUCCUUCUCUGCCUCUGAACCCCUCAGACCCUGCUGCUUUGGUGAAGAAAAUGACGCUGGGGAGAGGAGUUGCCCAGCCCCCAGCUUCUCUCCAGAUAGUCCUGUAGAUCCUGGUCACGUGCUGAUGAAGAGGUAAUUUUGUGUGUGCACCUGCUGCUGCAGGGAGUGCAACAGAGUGUUCCGUGUAUUAAUGCCAAAAACAUUUUUUAAAGGUUUUGUAUUUGUAUUCAGCCCAGCCUAGGAACACACAUUUUUUUCGGGGCAUCCGGCCUGGGUGCCCGCGUGUGCUGUUCCCGUUGGUGUUCUCAUUGGCCAACUUGUUACCCAUGUAUGCUGUAGGCAUCCCUUGUUUCUGCGGUCCAGAGAGUACUGUGAAGGCUUUAAGUAGAUGCACCUGGAGAGGGAAUGCCAGCUUGUGCUGACCGAAACAGCAUCCUGUUUCUUUUCUUUCUUUAGUUACUUAAAGCAAUAAACCGUCCGUGAGUUC